GAGAAACCCCGUAGCAGGCCAGGAACCAUAGACAGGAACUAGCUAAACAACGUUUAGCAUCCAAGAUGGCGGGAGCAGACAGCGACGACUCUCUUUACCCUAUUGCUGUGUUAAUUGACGAAUUAAGAAAUGAAGAUGUUCAGUUACGAUUGAACAGUAUUAAGAAACUGUCCACCAUCGCCUUAGCUUUGGGGGUCGAAAGGACACGCACUGAACUUCUACCUUUCCUCACAGAUACCAUCUAUGAUGAAGAUGAAGUUCUGCUUGCCCUUGCUGAACAACUUGGGAACUUCACCCUGCUGGUUGGAGGCCCUGAAUAUGUGCACUGUCUCCUUCCCCCUUUGGAGAGUCUGGCUACAGUUGAAGAGACCGUGGUGCGAGACAAGGCAGUGGAGUCCCUGCGGAAGAUCUCCCAUGAGCACUCUCCAGUGGACCUGGAAGUGCACUUUGAGCCUCUGGUAAAGCGUUUGGCCAGUGGUGACUGGUUCACGUCACGUACCUCUGCCUGUGGUCUCUUCAGUGUCUGCUACCCACGAGUUUCCAGUACAGUCAAAGCUGAGAUCCGCCAGCACUUCCGCACCCUGUGUUCUGAUGACACUCCCAUGGUGCGCCGUGCAGCUGCCUCCAAACUGGGUGAAUUUGCCAAAGUGUUGGAGCUGGAGUAUGUUAAGAGUGACAUCAUUUCCCUCUUCACUGCAUUGGCAUCUGAUGAGCAGGAUUCUGUUCGUCUCCUGGCCGUGGAGGCUGGCGUCAGCAUUGCCACUCUGUUGCCUCAAGAGGAUCUGGAAGCUCUGGUGAUGCCCACCUUGCGCCAGGCAGCAGAGGACAAGUCCUGGAGGGUUCGCUACAUGGUUGCAGACAAAUUCUCAGAUUUGCAGAAAGCCGUGGGUCCAGAAAUCACAAAGAAUGACCUAGUGCCAGCCUUCCAGAACCUUCUGAAAGACUGUGAGGCUGAGGUUCGUGCCGCUGCUGCAAACAAAGUCAAAGAAUUCUGUGAAAAUUUGCCAGAGGACAGCAGAGAGACUAUCAUCAUGUCACACAUUCUUCCCUGUGUUAAGGAACUUGUCUCAGACACUAAUCAGCAUGUGAAGUCUGCACUGGCGUCAGUCAUUAUGGGCCUCUCCACCAUCUUAGGCAAAGACAACACCAUUGAGCACCUGCUUCCCCUUUUCCUGGCCCAGCUCAAAGAUGAGUGUCCAGAGGUUCGCCUCAACAUCAUCUCCAACUUGGACUGUGUGAACGAGGUGAUUGGAAUCCGCCAACUCUCACAGUCUCUGCUUCCGGCUAUUGUUGAGCUGGCUGAAGAUGCCAAAUGGCGAGUACGGCUGGCAAUUAUCGAAUACAUGCCCCUUCUGGCUGGACAGUUGGGUGUAGAGUUCUUUGAUGAGAAACUCAAUUCUCUGUGCAUGGCUUGGCUUGUCGAUCAUGUGUAUGCCAUCAGAGAGGCAGCCACCUGUAACCUGAUGAAGCUGGUGGAGAAGUUUGGAGCCGAGUGGGCACAGAACACCAUUGUGCCCAAAGUGCUGGGAAUGGCUAAUGACCCCAACUACCUGCACAGAAUGACUACCCUCUUCUGCAUUAAUGCUCUGUCUGAGGUGUGUGGACAAGAUAUUACCACCAAACACAUGCUCCCUGUAGUUUUAAAGAUGUCCAACGACCAGGUAGCCAAUGUUCGCUUCAAUGUGGCCAAGUCACUUCAGAAGAUUGGACCUGUGCUGGACAGCAGCUGUCUGCAGACUGAUGUGAAACCAGUGCUGGAGAAACUGGCAACAGAUCAAGAUAUGGAUGUCAAAUAUUUCGCUCAAGAGGCCAUCAGUGUUCUUUCUCUGGCCUAAAGUACCUUCUUGCUGAACGUAAGACCCAUCUCAAGCUGACCUCCAUUGUAUUUAUUGACAUCUAAGACCAUCCACUGGACUGUUUAUGGAGAAACAAUGUGUACUGUUCCCUAUCAGUGAGAAGUGUUUUAGGGAAACUUGGCUUCUCUAAGUGUUUUCUUUUUUUUCUCUCCAACUAUUAACCACAUACCAUCUUGCUCUUCGUUCCUACCCUGCAAUAGGCCCGCUGAGCCCCCCUGCUAACCCUUCACUUGCUAACCCCCAGCCUGGGGUCACACACUUAGAUGGCGUUUUAAUAUCCACCUAACAAUCUAAUGAAGCAUCAUAGGUUAAGAGAAAAAAAGAAAA